AGGAAUGUCAAGGUAACCUACGUUUUUAUUUUUUUAAACAUUUGAAAAAUGAUAAUAAAAAAUAGCGUAUUAUUGCUAAAAUCCCAAAAUUCCAACGAUGACAUCGAUAAAUACGAACAAAUUCUUAAAUCAAACAAACUGGACGUGAAACAAGUAAAGACUUUGGUAUUUAAUUUUAAAAAUUUGAAUUCCUUGAAAGUGAAAUUAGAAAACUGCAUAAAUUACAGUGGGAUUAUAUUUUCGAGCCCUAGAUGCGUACAAGCGGUGCACUUAGCUUCAGAGAAUAGCCUUUUCGAAAAAUGGAGAGAUAAAACUAAUUUUUCUGUAGGGGAAGAGACCUGUGCCACUGCUUUGAAAAAACUUAAUUUGGUUUGCGAUGGGAAGGAAUCCGGAAAUGCCUUAUGUUUAUCAAAAGUCAUACUCCAAAAUAAAACACAAUAUACCAAGCCUUUUUUAUUUCCCCAUGGCAAUUUAAAAACAGAUACUUUGAGUUUAGAACUAGAAAAGGAAGGUUUAAGUCUUGACAGUGUUGAGGUCUAUGAUACAAUACCAAAUCCAAAAAUUGAGGCAGAUCUUAAUGUAGUAACCGAUAAUUUGACUAAUAUAUCAGAAUUUGUAGUAUUUUUUAGUCCCAGUGGUUUUACUAGCACAAUAGGUCACAUCAAAAGACUUCCAGAAGAUUUAAAUGAAGUAAAAUUCAUUGCAAUAGGACCUGUAACAGAGACAGCUAUCAAGGAACAAAAUUUUAAUGUUUACCGAAUAGCAACGAAACCAAACCCUCAAUGUGUUUUAGAGGCAAUACUAGGUACAUAGAUAAUUAGGUUUUAAAUAUUUGUUAUUGUUUAUCAUAUAUUUUAUUUACACAUAAUAUAAUAUAUUUAAAUUAUAUUUGAGUCAGAUUUAUUUUUUGAAAUGUGUUAUAAAAUGGUAAACCAAAAUAUAAAGUUUAUAAUCUUUAACAAUAUCUUAUUAAUAUAAUUAUUCAAGAA